CCACUUUGCUUCUAUUGCUUUUGUCUUUCUUUUUCCUAUUAUUAAUACAAAUCCAUUGAGUACUCUUUUACUUUUCCUGGUAUCAUAAUGGCAACCGCAGAACCCAAGGCUACUCCUAUCACUGUUUCUGAACUCGCUAAGCACGAUGGUUCCGAUCCCUCGUUACCUAUUUAUGUAGCAAUCAAAGGUGAUGUAUUCGAUGUAUCCAAGAAUACUGCUUCCUAUGGCCCCGGUGCCGGUUACAAUGUCUUUGCUGGAAAGGAUUCAUCGAAGGCUCUUGGUAUGUCAUCUUUGAAGCCUGAAGACUGUGUUGGAGAUUAUAGUGGAUUAACAGAAAAGCAAAUGGAGACAUUAAAUCAAUGGCAUGAAUUCUUUUCAAAGAGAUACAAUAUCGUUGGAAAGGUUGUUCCUGAUAACUAAGGAUAUGCUUUCUGCAGUAGGAUUGAAAAGGGCUACUUUUUUUUUCAUCUAUUAUAUUUAUUUUCUUUAACAUAACAUUGCAGUACUUCUAAGCAGCAUGACCAAUAAAGGAAAAGAAAAAUUACGAGA